GGGCCUCGGCGGCGGCGGCGGCGGCGGAAGCCUAGUGCCCCCGCCCGCCCUGUCCUCUCGACCAGGCGGAGGCGACGCCGCGGGCCGGGCCUCGCACGGGGCCGCGUCGGGCGCGGCGCGGGUGGAGCGCGGGGGUGCGGGCCGCCGGGGGGGCGCCGCGGGCCGCUGGGCGCGGACGGCGGAGCGGACGCGCGGCCGGCCGGCCCCUCCCUGCCCGCGCGGCCGGGCGCCCACUGGCCGGCGCCGGCCCGGGAGCGAUGUCAUCGACGGGGAAGGACGGCGGCGGGGCGCAGCACGCGCAGUAUGUGGGGCCCUACCGGCUGGAGAAGACGCUGGGCAAGGGGCAGACAGGCCUUGUGAAGCUGGGCAUCCACUGUGUCACCUGCCACAAGGUGGCUGUCAAGAUUGUCAACCGAGAGAAGCUCAGCGAGUCCGUGCUGAUGAAGGUGGAGCGAGAGAUCGCCAUCCUGAAGCUCAUUGAGCACCCGCACGUGCUGAAGCUCCACGACGUCUACGAGAACAAAAAAUAUUUAUACCUGGUGCUAGAACACGUGUCCGGAGGGGAGCUCUUCGACUACCUGGUGAAGAAGGGGCGGCUGACCCCCAAGGAGGCCCGUAAAUUCUUCCGGCAGAUUAUCUCGGCCCUGGACUUCUGCCACAGCCACUCCAUAUGCCACAGGGACUUGAAACCAGAAAACCUUCUCUUGGACGAGAAGAACAACAUUCGCAUCGCCGACUUCGGCAUGGCUUCCCUGCAGGUGGGGGACAGCCUGUUGGAGACCAGCUGCGGGUCGCCACACUAUGCCUGCCCGGAGGUGAUCCGGGGUGAGAAGUAUGAUGGCCGCAAGGCCGACGUGUGGAGCUGCGGCGUCAUCCUCUUCGCCCUGCUGGUGGGGGCGCUGCCCUUUGACGACGACAACCUGCGGCAGCUGCUGGAGAAGGUCAAGCGUGGCGUGUUCCACAUGCCCCACUUCAUCCCGCCGGACUGCCAGAGCCUGCUGCGCGGCAUGAUCGAGGUGGACGCGGCGCGGCGCCUCACGCUCGAACACAUUCAGAAGCACACGUGGUACAUAGGGGGCAAGAAUGAGCCGGAGCCGGAGCAGCCCAUCCCCCGCAAGGUGCAGAUCCGUUCCCUGCCCAGCCUGGAGGACAUCGACCCCGACGUGCUGGACAGCAUGCACUCGCUGGGCUGCUUCCGCGACCGCAACAAGCUGCUGCAGGACCUGCUGUCCGAGGAGGAGAACCAGGAGAAGAUGAUCUACUUUCUGCUUCUGGACCGGAAGGAGCGGUACCCCAGCCACGAGGAUGAGGACCUGCCCCCCAGGAACGAGAUAGACCCUCCCCGGAAGCGGGUAGACUCCCCAAUGCUGAACCGACAUGGGAAGCGGCGCCCUGAGCGCAAAUCCAUGGAGGUGCUCAGUGGGACAGACGGCGGCUCCCCAGUGCCUGCGCGACGAGCCAUUGAGAUGGCCCAACAUGGCCAGAGUAAGGCAGUGUUCAGUAAAAGCCUGGAUAUCGCUGAAGCCCAACCCCAAUUCAGCAAAGACGACAGGUCGCGGUCCAUCAGCGGCGCCUCCUCUGGACUCUCCACAAGCCCCCUCAGCAGCCCCCGGCCGGUUCGGAAGCUGGUCCUGCCCCCCGACCCACCCUGUGCUGCCUGCACCCUGGUCACCUUCCUGGAGCCCGAAGCCGGCCGCAGCACCCCACGGCCCGGACACCUGCUCCCUCCACCAGCUGCUGCGCUGCCCGACCCCAAGACCCAAACCUUGCCAUGCGGGGCCAAGCUGACCGGCAAGCCACUGCAGGGUGCCAAGUCAGACCCGCUCCAGGCCGGCGGCCCCAGGCUGCCCUUACGGCCGGGCCCCACCCCGCGCCCCACCACCAAGACGGAAGCCAAUGCCGCGUCUGUCCCCACCAUACAGGUCACCCCCCACCCUUCACCGCGGGGCAGCCCCCUCCCCACUCCUAAGGGCACACCCGUGCACACGCCCAAGGAGAGUCCGGCUGGCACGCCUAACCCCACACCGCCGUCCAGCCCCAGCGUUGGGGGUGUGCCCUGGAGGACGCGGCUCAACUCCAUCAAGAACAGCUUCCUCGGCUCACCCCGCUUCCACCGCCGGAAACUGCAGGUUCCCACCCCAGAGGAGAUGUCUAACCUGACCCCGGAGUCAUCCCCAGAGCUGGCCAAGAAGUCCUGGUUCGGGAACUUCAUCAGCCUGGAGAAGGAGGAGCAGAUCUUUGUGGUGAUCAGAGACAAGCCGCUGAGCUCCAUUAAGGCCGACGUGGUACACGCCUUCCUGUCGAUCCCCAGCCUUGGCCACAGUGUCAUCUCCCAGACAAGCUUCCGGGCCGAGUACAAGGCGGCUGGUGGCCCGGCCGUGUUCCAGAAGCCAGUCAAGUUCCAGGUGGACAUCACCUACACGGAGGGCGGUGAGGCCCACAAGGACAAUGGCAUCUACUCUGUCACCUUCACUCUGCUCUCAGGCCCGAGCCGCCGCUUCAAGAGGGUGGUGGAGACCAUCCAGGCCCAGCUGCUGAGUGCCCAUGAGCAGCCCUGCGCCCCGCACUUGCCAGACACCACUAACUGUAUGGAAAUGAUGACGGGGCGGCUUUCCAAAUGUGGCAGCCCAUUGAGUAACUUCUUUGACGUAAUUAAACAACUUUUUUCAGACGAGAAGAAUGGGCAGGCGGCCCAGGCCCCCAGCACGCCCGCCAAGCGGAGUGCCCCCGGCCCCCUUGGGGACUCCGCGGCCCCCGGCCCUGGAGGGCACGCCGAGCACCCGACGGGCGAGGACACGGCCCGCCGCCAGCAGCCUUAGCCACUAGCCCCCCACGCCGCCCCAGGACCGGCCGGAGCCGGGGAGGAAGGAGCGGCCGGGCGGCCUGGCCCACUCCUCCCGCGCGCGCCCCCGCCCCUGCCCGUCACUCAUGACGUCGCUUGUUUCCGCUCUGAUACCAGGAAUUCUCCCGAAAAGUUAACAUGUCACCUCCGCGAGGCCACCCCCGUGCCGUGCGUGGACGCUGGCGGACCGAAGGCAGCGUCACGACCCAGCCGCCCGCCCGCCCGCGCCGGCUCCCGACCCUUGGAAGCAACAGUCCGGCCCGCAGCCUCUCCUCGGCGCCGCCCGCGGUGCCCAGGGCCGGAGGACACCAGUAUUAUUUAUUUGCUAUUUUAA